AUGCCCCGGUGGCCGCGAAUUCCGGGAAUGGACGACGAUCCACGUAGGCUGUACCCCAGGGGCCCUGCUGGUUGGCGCGGGCCUCCUCCUAGGGAUGACGCGUGGCGACCCGCGCGGCGGGAUAUAUCCGGAAGGGGGGACUAUGGCGCGGAUGCGGGGGAACGGGACGACAGGCGCGGUCCAGGAUGGUUAGAGGAGGCUGAGAGGGGUUUCGCUAGGUCAAGAAUGGAGGCUGGGGAAAUUCGCGACGAGGAGGCGGGGGAGAGAGCAGGGAGGGGGGGCGACGAGCGGUGCAAUGGCGGGCAAUUUCCCCGUGGGGGGAGGCUAGCGGGAGGCCUUCCCCCUGGGCCGUUGCCCGCGCUGGAGGGAGGAAGCGGCGAAUUCAGGCAGUCGCGCAGCAGAGAGCGCAGGGACGUGGAUGGCGGAGGGAUGGGGGAAUUUGCGGGUGUGUAUGAUGUGAGGCUGGGGCAUGGGCGCGGCGGGGGAUUUCCGCAUUCUGGUGGCGCAUGGGCGGAGGAUUUUGUUCCGCUAGGCGAGCAUGGCAGUGAGGCGAGGAAGGAGAAAGAAAAAGGAAGGGGAAAGGCGAGGGAGGGCGAGAGGAGGACAAAGGAGGUGGAUAAAGAGAAGGACAGGGUGAAGGAUAAAGAUAGGGAGAAGGAGAAAGAUAGGGAGAAGGGGAAGGAUAGGGAGAAGGGGAAAGAAAAAGAGGAGAAGGAGAAGGAGAAGGAGAAGGAGAAGGAGAAGGAGAAGGAGAAGGAGAAGGAGAAGGAGAAGGAGAAGGAGAAGGAGAAGGAGAAGGAGAAGGAGAAGGAGAAGGAGAAGGAGAAGGAGAAGGAAAAGGAGAAGGAGAAGGAGAAGGAAAAGGAGAAGGAGAAGGGUCGGGAGAAGGAGAAGGAGCGAGAGAGGGUGAAGGAGCGAGCGAAAGUGCGGGAGAAAGGGAAAGGUAGAGAAGCCAGUUCAGCCGCUGCUGUAACAGAUUCGGACUUAGACAAGGAGCGGGUGAGUAGCAAAGUAGAGGCUGAAAGGCCGCAGGGAGCGAAAGCAGGGAGCUUGAAGGACGAAUUGGGGGCGUCGCAACAUAGGAAGGAGGGCGCGGACACAGUGGGAAAACCUGCAACAACGACCAGUGAGAAGGUGCCGCUUUCAGUGGGAGACCUAGCAGCAGCGACUGGUGAGAAGGUGGAGCGUGGUCCUGUGCUUAAGCAGCAUGUGGAUGAGCGGGAAGCUGGCGGUGGGAAGACUACUUUAGAGCUGACACUGAAAUUACCAGGUGGGACUGGUGAGAAGGUAGCUGUGGAGAACAUCGCUGGAGAGGCGUUAGUUAGGGAAACGGCGACUGGUAGUGACGCGGGUGCUAGGGAAACGGGUGCUAGUGGGACGGUAGUGCCAUCGAGUCGACCUCCAGGUGAUUCUUCAGGUGGUAGUCCACCCAAAUUGCCUCCCAGGCUUGCUUCUGGCAGUGCGGCCUCCGAGCCUGUUGCCGUACAUUGGGCCGCCAUUCCCAAACCUGAAAGUGCUUCCGAGCCUGUCACCGUUCCAGCUGCCACGGCUCCCAAGUUGGAGGCGCGGGCUCUCGAGGCUGCUGCCGCUGCUGAGCCUGCUGCUGCCGACCCUGCGCUUGUGGAUAGGGAUUCGUUGCAGUUCUGCCCCUCGUUCUCCCGUCCGUUUGGCGGGUUUGGAGAAGUGGGAGGUGUGGGGAUGCAGAGUGUAGAUGAGAGGGUGGAGCGUUUGAUGCAAGGCGUGGUGCUGGUGGCUGGGAAGGAAAAGGACAUCAUUUUCGAGCUGCUGAGUGCAGCAGCAACACUGGUGGAGGAGCAGUUAGAGAAGGAACUGGGAAUCGUGUCGGAAGCUGUCACUGUCACUGAUGCCGGUGUUUCCCAUCAACCGUACGGUGAGCUUCCCAGCCCAUUGGGAGGCGCAGCAGGCAGCAGGGCAGAGCCAUGGGCAUUGGAUGGGGCCGCUGCAGUGCCUGCAGUGCGGGCUGCACCAGCAGAGGCAGUAGAAUCUGAUGCAGUCGCGUCCACCCGGCGAGGCUCGUCCCUCUCCCUGCAAGCAGCAGGGUCCUCUGUUUCGCUGCAAGGCGGGAAGGAGGUAGGGUUUGACAUGGCUGCUGCUGCUGUGGAGCUGGUAAUGCGGAAUGCGCUCUUGGUUCAGCAGUUUGGCCUGGCGAUACUGGGAGAAGCCCAGGCUGCUGGGAGGGAGGUUGAGACGAGGGAGGCUGACGCGAGGCCAGAAGAGGAAAGGAGGGGCGGCGAGGCUCAGGCAGAGAUGCGAGUGGGAGAGGCACAGGGUAAGUUGUCAGGUGAGGCUCGAAUUGAGGUGCGAGUUGAAGCACUUGGCGGCGGUGGUGGUGGUGGUGGUGAUGGUGGUGGUGAUGAUGGGUCUGAUCUACAGACCCAUGGCGCUAUGGAGGUUGACGGUGGUGCUGCUGUUCGAAAAGAACCUGCCAGAGGGGGAGAGAAGGAUGCUGGGAUGGUUCGUGCUGGUAGGGAUGGUGGAUUGGGUUUUGGAGGUGGCGAGGAGAGGGAGGAGCGAGGGAAGGAGAACGAGGAGGGAGGAAGGGGUAACGAGGAGGGGAAGAGAGAGGAGGGAGGAAAAGGGGGUAAGGAGGCAGGGGAGGAGAGGAUUGGUGGGGAAAGGGUGAGAUUGGCAGGCCUGCAGGGAGGAGUGGGGGAGGCGAAGAGGGAAGAUGGGGGAGCAGUUAAUGGAGAGAUCAUGGUGGUGUCAUCUGAAGGGGAGCGUGCAGCUGUUGCCCUUAUAGGGUUACCAACCAGUAUAGGGUUACCAGCCAGUAUAGGGUUACCAGCAGCCAGAACGAUGCCUGCUGUUCCUCUGCAUGCUGUGGCUGAUGCUCGCGUGCAGCUGCAGCAGCGGGAGCAGCAGGAGGAGGAGAAGGAGGCGGCGGAAGAGGAGGUAGGGGAGGAGAAUCAGGAAAAGGAGGCGGAGGAGGAAACCGAGCAACAGAAGGCCAAGCAGCAGCAGGAGCAGCAGCGGUGGUUGCAGGUGCCUUCUGGUCUGUUUUGGAAUCAUAACGCAGCGAAGGGAGGUCCAGUGCUGCGGUCACUCUUCCCAGGCAUAUUCACCACUAAGGGGCACUUACCUAAGCAACAUGCAGGGCUGCUGGUGGAAGGAACAAGCGUGUGGCGCAAAGAAGACGACCUCUGGCUGCCUGUGGUUAAGCUCGCCCUGCUCACGCCCUACUGGCACCAGCUGCAGGACCCUGCGUUUGUUUUCGCGCUCGGGCUGAGAUUAGGGUUAGGGUUAGGGUUGGGUGUGGCCCCGCCAAUGCCUAUGGCUCGGGAUGGGUAUCCCCUGGUGGUUCCGGGGUUGGAGUGGGCGGAAAAGGGGGUUGUGUUGCGUGGGCCGGUGUUUGCUGCUGGUGGCGGCAGGGAGGGAUUGGUGGAGGAGGAGGAUUGGGACCCUAGGGAGGGAGCGGUGGAGGAGGAGGAUUGGGACCCUAGGUUGGACCGAGAGGUUUCGGUGGAUGCUGGGAGGGGGAAACGCUGUUUGGUGGGGCAAAAGGAGGCGAGGGAGGGGAGAGACGGGAGCGGGGUGAGGGAGGGGAGUGGGGGCAGGGAGGGGUUAGAGAUGGAGGGGCGUUGGGAGGAGGCGGGUAGAAAGGGCAGCAGAGAGAGGGUUUUGGUGGGGCGUGCUGGGAGGAAGGAGGGAGUGUGUGAUGGGGGUUUAGGAGAUUCAGCUGGGGGUUUAGGAGAUUCAGCUGGGGGUUUGGGAAACGGGGAUGGGGAUGGGGAUGCGCUUGCGAUAUUGGUGCAGGCUGGAUUGCAGUCUGCUGCGUUAAGAGCUACCCCAGAACCAUAUAGUAGACUGCAUUCUGGCAAGCAUUCGGUUGAGAUGGGUGAUAGGGCGGUUGAGCUCGGUUCCAGGCAGGAAGAGACGUGCGAUAUGCUGGAUGGAGGUAGGCAGUACAAGGGUGCGGAGGUGGAGGUUAAGGGGGAAGUGGGGGGGACGAUUGGGGGGAAGGAGGGGAUGGAAGCGGGGAUGGGUGGUGGGAAUGGGGAUGGAGAGGGGAUGGAAGGUGCAGAGGCGGAGAGGAUUGGGGAGGGGAUGAUGGAGGGAGUAGGGGAGGGGAUGGGGGAGGCGGAGCAGGGGGUGGGGCAUGGUCUGCUGUUCCUGGCAGCAGCAUGGGAAUCGGUGGGUGGAGAAGUGGGCAUGGGGGGGGAGGCGGAGGAGAAAGCGGAGGUGAGGCCAGAGCAACAGGCAGAGGGGAACGCAGAGGGGCAGGCGGAUGGAAAGGAAGAGAAAGCAGAUGAGAAGGUAAGGGAGGAGCAGCAGCACGGGAGACCACUAGGGAGGGAAAAUGAGCUCUCUGACCAUGUCCAAGGGCCAAAAGGUGCUGAUAAUGGCGGGUCUGCCAAUCCUCUGGUGGGGGCUGCAGCAGCUGCUGUGGAAGGCAGAAUAGGGGCAGAUUCUGAUGGGCUGCGGGGCAGGGUGAGUGGGAAGGCAGAGCCAGAGUCUGGGGACCUGGAGAGAUUCGGGCCUUGUGAUGUGGUCCCAGGGGUUUCUGAGGCUCCUCACGAAGCUGGUGGCCUGGUGGCUGGGAGGGAACAGACAGCGGGGGGUGUGGGCUUGGCUGCUGCUGGGCUGCUGCAAGGGAGAGAGGAGCCGAUUGUGGGAAUUGUCAAGAAUGAUGCCGAUUCUUCUGGAGAAGGGGAAACCCAUGCGGGUGAUACUUAUGCUGAUGCAGGUGCAGGCACUGUAGCAACAGCAGCAGCAGCACCAGCAGCAGCAGCAGCGGGUGCAGGAGCAGAUUUUGUCGAAUUGCCGCAGAGAAGUCUGGCGGAUGUGGGGAAGGAGAAAGAUUUUGUAGAGAUGCCAUUCAGCCGAUACUCCCGUCGCAGAACCAUGGGAGUUAAAGCCCAUGUGCUUACGAGUGCCCCUCUCGGGCCCUCUACAACCUCCCAUGUGAUCCCUGUUGCCUCUGUUCCUGCAGCCACCACUAGGCUCCACUCUUCUGACCCGCAGGCCGCAGCUGGUGUUAAGUCCUCGGGUGUUGGUGCUUUUUCACCCUCUGUUACGGUCACAGCAACGGAGAGGGGCGUAGGGGAUGAAGUCAAGGCGGAGGAGGGGGAGGAUGUGACUGAAAAGGAGGUGAUCACCCUCCUCUCCUCGGGCCUCGUUAGUCCAGACCCCAUUCGUGGGCAUGCUCCUCCUACGGGGCACUGUGGGGGGGAGGGUGGGGAAGGUACUACUGGUGAAGGUACUUCUGGUGCAGGUGCUUGUGAGGGGCUCGAGUGGAGGUAUAAGCAAGCCAUUCAUCCUUGCAAUCAGCUCGUGCAAGGGCCGCCAGUGGUGAGCACUGGGGGUUCUGCGCCUGGGGAGAGUGGGCAUGGGGAAGGUUUGCCUGGGGACGGUUUGCCUGGGAACGGUUUGCCUGGGGAGAGAGUGCCUGGGGGCGGUUUGAAUGUGGGAUGCGCUCGUGUGGGGUGUGUAGGGGAAGGGAUUGCUGGGGAGGGGGAUCAGAGUGCAGGUGUGUGUUAUGGGAUGGUCCCUGGCAGGGAGGGGGGAGGUGGUGGGAGGGAGGAUGGGGGAAUGGCGGCUAAGAUGGAAAUGGAUGGGCAUGAAGCAACAGGAUGGGGACGCAGGAGGCAAGGAGAGGUGGGCCAUGGGGAGGAGGGGCAUGGAGUGGAGGGGAAUGGAGUGGAGGGGAAUGGAGAGGAGGGGAAUGGAGUGGAGGGGAAUGGAGUGGAGGGGAAUGGAGAGGAGAGGCAUGUAGUGGAGGGGCAUGCGGAGGGUCGACAGCAGUACGAAUCGGAAUCAAUACCACACGAGUAUAAGUCAUGGGUAGGGCCAGGAGGGUGGGCGGACAGCAGAGGGGUGUCAGAUACAGAUGACUCACGUGUGGCCACUCCAGAGCUGGCAGGUGCGGCUGCUCUCACCAUGCUGCUUCCCUCUGCUGAGCAGUUUGAGAUGACUCACUACAAGUCACCGCUGACUCACCACAGGUCACCGCUGACUCACGACAGGUCGCCACUGACUCACAACAGGUCGCCGCUGACUCACCACAGGUCACCGCUGACUCACAACAGGUCACCAUUGAUUCACAAGUCACCGCUGAUUGAGUCGAUUCACAGAUCACCAUUGGUGGAGGCAACUCGCGAGACACUGUUGAUGGAGUCGACUCGCAAGUCACCUGCUGCUGUGGUCACUGUGCUGCUUGCAGCAGAGCAAGGAGGGCCAGGUGGUUCGGGAGCACAGAGGGGAAACGGAGAGCUCCAGGAGGUGGGAGAAGGAGGAGAGGGAGGAGAGGGAGGAGAGGGAGGAGAGGGAGAAGGGGCUGCGACGGCUGCACAUGCUGAUGGUGACGCUUCUGCUGCUGCUGGUGCUGGUGGCGGCCCUGCUUUGAAAGAGGACGUGGAAUCGGCAUGCUUACAGGAAGAUGCUGAGGGGCGCGUUGGGGCAGCUGGACGUGCUGUUUCAGGUGUGGGUAAAACGGGGUUGAAGCUGGGAGAGGAGAGGCAGAGGGAGGAGAAGCAGGGAGAGGAGAGGGAGGGGGAGGAGAAGCUGGGAGAGGAGAAGCAGGGGAAGGAGAAGCGGGGAGAGGCGAAGCAAAGAGAGCAAGGGGAACAAGAGGAGGGGAAGGAAGGGGAGCCUGGGGGUGGUAGCAGGGAGCGUGCAGAGAGGAUAGCAGGUGUGGAGGGUUGGGACAGAGAGUCUGGGGAGGUAGGGGAGUGUGCUGUUGGUGGCACCGACGGCAGUGGUGCACCUGAUGGUGCUAGCAGUCGUAGGGGUGAUGAUGGUGCUCGUGGUGGUUCUGCUGCUGCAGAAGAAAUGAAUGCACCACGAGAGAAAGGCAGCCGUUCUGCUGUUGCUGCUUUUUCAAGGGUCGGAGCAGCAGAGAAACAGGGGUGUAAGGCACAGGAUCGGGAGGAGGCAGCACAGGGGCGGAAGGCGCAUGGACGGGAGGAGGCAAAGGGGCAAAAUAAGCAGCAGCACCGCAGCCCCAUCAGCCACCGGAGCCCCCUCAUUCAGCGCCUGCAGCAGCACACACAAUCCCCUAGAAGCAUGUCUCUGGAAUCCGGGGAGGUGUUACCUGGGGACGCCAUAUCUGAAGGUAUCGACUCCCCUGUCUCUUGCGGCACUAAACCGACAGUCAGGAAAGGGGAGAAAGUGGAGGAGGAAGGGGAGGCAGAGGAGGGGGAGGAUGCAGAUGCAGAGGAGAUACCAUGUGGCCAGCCGCGUGGGCGUGCUCGUGGCUCCUUGACUGCCCUGUCUGCCCGUCCUGACCCUUCUGCCCCUUCUGCCUCUGCUGACCCUUCUGCUCUGUCUGCUCGGUCGGCCCUGCCGGUCUCAGUUCGGAAGCCUGUGGAGCUAGGGUUUCCGUACCUGCAGUCGUCGUUCUGGGUGCUGCCGUCUGCUUCGGUGGGGCGGGACAUGCUGCCUCUCAUUCUGCCUGCGCAGCUAGGAGGAGGGGCUGCGCUGGCAGGCACUGCAGCAGCAGCAGCAGCAGCAGCAGCAGCGGAGGAGGAGGAGGGCGAGAGGCAGGGAGAUGCAGCGAAUCUGGACAAAGCAGCAGUGAAGCAGACAAAAUCCGCCCCUGCGCUGCACCCAGUGCCUCCCACAGCUCCUAAUACGCUUGCUGAAACCCCGGCACAAGCCAACUUGAAGCUGCCAGAGAUGGUGGACCUUCCACCACAGCCGAGCUUUGGGGCGCCACAAAAGUCAGGCCACCCAGCGCAGUCGAAUGUGGGCCUGGCGGAGCUGCUGCUGGGGCGGUUGAACGGCGAUGCGGCUCUGCUGGUGCGCUGUGCUGCGGUGUGCCGUGCAUGGCGCGAGGGUUUUCGGCGGGUGUGGCGGGGGCUGCAGCUGCUGAAUUUGUCGAGUCUAAGCGCUCGCACGCAGGACUCUGCUCUUGGAGCGUUGGAGAAAUCCGCCCCACAGGGACUCCAAGCGCUCUCACUCGCCCACUGCAAUUCACUCACCCCCACCGCUCUCCACCGCUUCCUCUCCUCUCGCACAUCCCUCUCCGCUAUCAUCAUGACUGCGCCAGGAGCAACCGCAGCUGGUGGUGCCAGUCGCAAGGGGCGGCUGUCUUUGGAUCUGCCCUCUCUGGAGAGACGGUUGAAGGAGGGCGUGUAUAGUGACGCCUCUGGCGCUGCUGCUGCCAUUGCCCGUGCUGCUGCUUCAACUGGAACCACUGUAGCAGCAGGAGCAGCAGCAGGAGGAGCAGGGGGGAGUGGAGCGGGUGCCUUGGCAGCAGUAGGAGGAGCAGGGUUGGCUGCUGGACCUGCAGUGACAGGGAGUGCAGCGGCAGUGGCGGCAGCGGCGGUGGCAAUGGGUGUGAGGGUGAAUGGCCUCGCGCGAUUCGAGAGUGACAUUCAACUCAUGUGUCGCAGCGUCUUCACCAACGUGAAUGACAAGUCCCCCAUGUAUCGUGCAGCACGCCAGCUCUUCGCUCUCAGCCGUUCCACCAUCGAUGGGUCGAAAGGGUCGGGGCCAGUGGUGGUGGUGAAUGUGGCGGAUGAGGAGAUGCGGCGGCACUGGGGGAACAGGAUGACAAGGGCGGCCAUGGUGCCGCCAGUGACUCGGCAGUAUGAGGUGAUAGAGGAGUAUGUGAUUGUGGAGGAGGAGGAGGGUGUGCGGAGGAAAAUGCGGGUGGAGCUGCCUGCGGGGUUUGCUGAGAAGGCCCGGCAGGCGCAAGCCAUGGCAGAUGCCAACCGGUACAUACACCUGGAACUCCCUGAAGUGAGGGAAUGGAGGCCAAGGAAGGCAGUGGGGCCGGAGGUUGCCGAGCAGGAGGUGUACGGCAUCGACCCGUACACACACAACCUGCUGCUGGACACGCUGCCCUUCAUGCCACCCACUGAGACGGACGAAGAGAGGCACUCGUUCAUCGAAGAUCGCCUGCUGCCUGCCCUGAACCAGCUAGCGGCCUCCUUCAGAGGAAAAGUGCCUUUGGAGUUGGACCUGAUGCCCGUUGUGGCGCUCAUGAAGAUUGACGCAGACAAGAAGGGCGACCACGCGCUGAGGGACCUGUGCAAGGCGCUUUACUCCGCCAUGCGGGCGCGGAGGAACAUGAAGAAACCUGACAAGUACCUGGCUUAUAGGAAGGGCCUGGGCGUGGUGUGUAAAGCCCCCGAGGGCAUUCCGAAAGAGGAUUUCGUGGUGGAGUUUUUCGGGGAGGUGUACCCUCCGUGGCGGUGGCACGAGAAGCAGGACGGCAUUCGCAUGAUCCACAACAAGGAGGCUGUCUCUGAGUUUUACAACAUUCUGCUGGAGCGGCCAAAGGGCGACGAGGCGGGGUACGAUGUGUUGGUGGUGGACGCCAUGCACCGCGCCAACUUCGCUUCUCGCCUCUGCCACUCGUGCAGCCCUAACUGCGAAGCCAAGGUGGUGGCAGUGGACGGGUCGUACAUGAUAGGGGUGUAUGCCAUCCGCCACAUUCUUCCAGGGGAGGAGCUCACCUUUGACUAUAACUCCGUCACUGAGAGUGUGGAGGAAUACAAGCAGGCUGUCUGCUUGUGCGGCCACCGCUACUGCAAGGGCAGCUACCUGCACCUGGGCGGAGGCCAGUCCUACACGCACGUGAUAAGCCAGCACCAUGCCGUGGUGCGGCGGCAUGCGCUGCUGCUGAUGGCGUCAACAGGGGGAGGCAUCACGGAGGCAGAGGAGAGCGCCCUGAGAAGGGCCGGCAUCGGCAGUAGCUUGCUCUCUGACCUGCCGGAUUGGGCCAUCCGUUACACUGCUCUGCUGAUGGAAUUCAUAGAGGAGGAGAAGUACCUGUUACCGGAGCUGAUUGGUAAAUGGCGAUGCAAAAGUGCUGCUGCUGCUGCUGCUGCUGCUGCUGCUGCUGCUGCUGCUGCUGCUGCUGCUGCUGCUGCUGCUGCUGCUGCUGCUGCUGCUGCUGCUGCUGCUGCUGCUGCUGCUGCUGCUGCUGCUGGUUCUGGUUGCAAUAUUCGUGCUGUGAACGGUUUUCAUGGUAAUGUGCUGAAAAAUGUUGGUCUUGCUGCUAGUGCGGUUGGGAAUGGUGCUAGAGACGGCGCGAGCGGUGCAGAGGGGCAUGCUUUCGAUUAUGGCAACAAUGGUGAUGCCAAGGGUUGUGAUGCCAACGGAGCAGGUUCUAGUAACGGGGGCAGUGAUAAGGAGGAUAAAGAUGCAAGAAACGAGGCUGAAGGAGUGUACCUUGGUCGCUUACAGAACCUGGCAAUAACAAUGGACCGGGUCCGCUACUGCCUCAAGUCGCUCUACGGAGAUCCCAAGGCCGGCCCGCCCCCCCUGCGCCUAGUGACGGGGCACGAGCUCGUGCGCAAGGUGUGGGGCGGCGAGGGGUCCGUGGUGGCGGUGCUGCUGCGCUGCAUCGCUCUGCACCUCGACCGCCCGGCGUUUGUGGCAUUCCGGCAGCGCGUGAGGGAGAGGACACCUAAACCCAAUGCUCACGCUCUCAAACGAAGUCUGCUAUGGCUGCGGGACGAGCUGCUUCAACUGCCCGUGACAGCGGGCAGCCGAAACGACGCAGCAGCCGAUCUAAUCCAUCUAUACGCCUACACCACCAACGUAUUCGCCCUCCAUGAAUACCCCCCCUUCGACUCCCCACCCAUGACCAUAGUUGCAUCCGACCUCGGCCGAAACAUCGCCUCGCCCUCUCCUUCGGUCCCACCGCCCUCCUCCUCCUCCUCCUUCGCCCAUUACCCACAGCAAGACGAGUGGGAGUGGGUGAAGGAAUACGACAGUGACUACAUUUACGGGCAGCUGAUAUUUUGGUUCAAGCAGACCUUGGUGGAUCCGGGCAAGGCGUUGAGGCCGUUGAGAAGGGGGUGUCUUCUCUUGCCGGACCCAUCCUCUUGUUACUCCAAGAACCCGCUGCAAGCGCUGCCAAGGGCGUAUGGGCAGAGGGAGAGGAGGUCACUGCUGCAUCGCAUGGAAAAGACGCCCGAGAAGCCAUGGCCCAAAUCGUCCGAAAUGUCCAUCUGGGACUUCCGGUCAGCCCGAAAACUUUUCGGCUCACCGAUGCUUGACGCUGCAAUCGCAGCUAAGCCGUUGGAUCCUGAGAUGGUGGCGUGGUUCAAGAAUCGACCAAUCACAUAUGUUGGUCCAUAUGACACGUAA